GCGGGAGGUGCCGAUUCGCGCCAUCACGGAGGCUUGAACGGGCGGCUUAAGGGACACAGCACGCCAAUAAUGUUAGGCGGAUGUUGAUUCCUACAGUGAAGGCAAUGCCGGGAAGCUACUCCUACUCCUAUCCAACUGAUCAUCGACGCGUGUACUAUUAUUCUGCUUCUUUGAGGGAGACUCCGUUCCCUUGACACUUCCCCUCAACCCCAGGAUUCUCAGCGCUGGCGUUGGGUUUGGGUAAUACGCUGCUGAGGCAGGUCAGGCGUGAAACAUAAAACGGCCAUAGAUGUGAAGUGGUGACGGCGGGGCAUCACAUAGGCAAGAUGUCGCAUACGUAUGAUGUCGGCACGAAGGCAUGGCAGCCUGAUGCGACAGAUGGAUGGGUGGCUUCGGAGGUGGUGGAGAAGAAGGUGGAUGGGGAGAAGGUAUUCCUGGUGUUCGCGCUGCAGAAUGGCGAGAACCGUACCGUCGAGACAACUCUUGCUGCACUGCAAGAGGACAAUGCUAUGAAGUCCACCCUCCCGCCCUUGAUGAACCCGGCCAUGCUCGAAGCCAGCGACGACCUGACGAAUUUGUCCCAUCUUAACGAGCCCGCCGUCUUACAAGCUAUCAAGCUCCGCUAUGCGCAAAAGGAGAUCUACACAUAUUCUGGCAUCGUCCUGAUCGCCACGAAUCCCUUUGCCCGCGUCGACUCGCUGUAUGUUCCGGGCAUGGUGCAAGUGUAUGCGGGAAAGCAGCGAGCUUCGCAAGCACCACAUUUAUUCGCCAUUGCGGAAGAGGCAUUCUCGGACAUGCUGCGGGAUGGGCACAACCAGACGAUCGUUGUCUCAGGAGAGUCUGGUGCAGGCAAGACCGUGAGCGCAAAGUACAUUAUGCGUUACUUCGCAACACGAGAACCACCGGACCAGCCUGGCGUGCGAAGGCGGGAUCGUACCGCAACAGGCGACGCAAUGAGCGAGACGGAGGAGCGGAUUUUGGCCACCAAUCCAAUCAUGGAAGCUUUCGGCAAUGCCAAAACGACCCGCAACGACAACUCAAGUCGCUUUGGCAAGUACAUUGAGAUCAUGUUUAAUGCUCAGACGGACAUCAUCGGUGCACGGAUACGCACGUAUCUGCUCGAGCGGUCGCGACUGGUGUUCCAGCCGCUUAAGGAGCGGAACUACCAUAUCUUCUACCAGCUCGUAGCAGGCUCCAGCGACGCAGAACGGGAAGAGCUUGGCUUGCUGCCGGCAGAGCACUUCGACUAUCUCAACCAGGGCGCCGCGACGCAGAUCGAAGGUGUAGACGAUGGAGCGGACUUUAUGGAGACAAGAUCGGCGCUGACAAGGCUGGGUGUGUCGCAAGACGUUCAGAAGGCGCUAUGGCGGAUACUGGCAGCCCUGCUGCAUCUCGGCAACAUAAAGAUUACUUCCACUCGGACAGAGUCACAGCUGUCAGCUUCGGACCCUUCAGUCGCCAAAGCUUGCGCUCUCCUUGGGAUUGAUGCUGCCGACUUUGCCAAGUGGACGGUAAAGAAGCAGCUGAUUACGCGCGGGGAGAAGAUCAUCUCCAAUUUAACAGCACAGCAAGCAACGGUUGUUCGGGACUCUGUGGCGAAGUACAUCUACAGCUCCUUGUUCGACUGGCUAGUGGAGACCAUGAACGCUUUCUUGGCGACAGAGGAGACGCUAGAACAAGUCAAGAGCUUCAUCGGCGUGCUGGACAUCUACGGCUUCGAACAUUUCGCGAAGAACAGCUUUGAGCAGUUCUGCAUCAACUACGCCAACGAGAAGCUCCAACAGGAGUUCAACCAGCAUGUCUUCAAGCUGGAGCAAGCAGAGUACAUCCGCGAGGAGAUUCGAUGGGAGUUCAUCGAGUACUCCGAUAACCAACCUUGCAUUGACCUGAUCGAAGGCAAGCUUGGUGUCUUGGCACUGCUGGACGAGGAGAGCAGAUUGCCCAUGGGCACUGACGAAAGCUUUGUGAACAAGCUGCAUCACAACUUCAUCUCUGGCGACAAGCAGAACAGAUUCUACAAGAAGCCGCGGUUUGGAAAGAGUGCCUUCACGGUUUGUCACUAUGCUAUCGACGUUACCUACGAGAGCGAAGGUUUCAUUGAAAAGAAUAGAGAUACGGUGCCGGAUGAGCAUCUGGAAGUGCUUAGGAACACGACCAACUCGUUCUUGAAAGACAUGCUGGAGGCGUCGGCUGUGGUCAGAGAGCGCGAUAAUGCCGCGCUUGCUGCACCAAAGGCUAACGGCACAGUGCUGGCGCCAGUGAAGAGAGCCGGGGCGGCAGCCGCCAGAAAGCCUACGCUUGGCGGCAUCUUUAAGAGCAGUCUGAUUGAGCUAAUGACUACCAUCAACUCUACAGAUGUGCACUACAUCCGGUGUAUAAAGCCAAAUGAAGGCAAAGAAGCCUGGAAGUUUGAAGGACCGAUGGUCCUCAGCCAGCUCAGAGCAUGUGGCGUACUGGAAACGGUGCGAAUAUCAUGCGCAGGUUACCCGACACGAUGGACCUAUGAGGAGUUCGCAAUGCGUUACUACAUGCUGAUACCUUCAACGCAAUGGACGACCGAGAUCCGCGACAUGGCAAACGCGAUCUUGCGGAAGGUGCUGGGAGAGAGCAAGCAAGACGGUACUGACAAAUACCAGCUCGGUUUGACAAAGAUCUUCUUCCGUGCCGGAAUGCUCGCCUUCAUGGAGAACAUGCGUACAGAGAGACUGAACAGCGCCGCCAUACUCAUCCAGAAGAACCUUCGCGCCAAGUACUACCGCCGGCGGUAUUUGGAAGCUGUCAGCAGCAUCCGCGCCUUUCAGUCCUUUGUCCGCGCUAUGCUUGCCCGCGGGCGAGCCCAGGAGGCGAAGCGACAGAAAAGCGCAACCACGAUCCAGCGCGUUUGGCGAGGGCAGAAGGAACGGAAAAGUUACGUACGCAUCCGAAACGAUCUCGUCCUUGUUGAAGCGGCGGCACGCGGUUGGCUCUGCCGAAAGCGGAUUCAAGACAAGAGGCUAGGUGACGCUGCUCGGUGCAUACAGCGAGCAUGGCGGCAGCACAGAGGUCUGAGGGCAUGGCGAGACUACCGGCGGAAGGCCGUCUUGGUGCAAAGUCUGUGGAGAGGCAAGCAGGCGAGAAGAGGGUACAAGAAGCUGCGAGAGGAGGCUCGCGACUUGAAACAGAUUUCGUACAAGCUUGAAAACAAAGUGGUGGAGCUUACGCAGAGUUUGGGCACUAUGCGAACCGAGAACAAGGCGCUCAAGGGCCAGGUGCAGAGCUACGAGGCACAGCUCAAGAGCUGGCGAGAACGACAUACAGCGCUCGAAGCGCGAACGAAUGACCUACAGCGCGAGGCAAACCAGGCAGGUAUUCAUGCCGCGAAGCUUACCGCUGUGGAGCAAGAAUUCGUACGCCUGCAGUCUGCGCACGAAGAAUCACAGGCCAACAUGCGCCGGUUGCAGGAGGAGGAGAAGAGCCUUCGGGAAUCGCUCAAGAACACAAGUCAGGAGCUAGAGGCCACCAGACAGAGUCGAACCGUAAGCGAAACAGAGAAGCUGAGUCUGCGCAAACAGUUGGCGGACUUGCAAGAUGAGCUGGAACAUGCGAAGAGAGCAAUGCCAGUUAAUGGAGAGAUGCUUUCCAACGGGAUCGUUGUCCCUGCCGGACAGCAGCAGCCUUCGGGGCUCAUCAAUCUCGUAGCGUCAAAGAAGCCGAAAAGGAGAAGUGCCGGUCCCGAGCCGAUCAACACCGAAAGGUUUUCAGGCGCGUAUAAUCCACGGCCCGUAUCAAUGGCUUUCGGUGCGACAGGAGCUCCGGGCCAUAUGCAGAAUCUGUCAGGCUCGACGUUCAACCCAAGCGUGGAAAAUGUCGAGAUCGAGCUUGAGAGCCUGCUUGCAGACGAGGAUGGCUUGAAUGAUGAGGUGACGAUGGGCUUGAUCCGUAACCUCAAGAUCCCGCCGCCGGGCAGCACGCCACCACCCACUGAUAAAGAGGUCCUCUUCCCAGCGUACUUGAUUAAUCUGGUCACAAGCGAGAUGUGGAACAACGGCUUCGUGAAAGAAUCGGAACGCUUCCUAGCAAAUGUCAUGCAGUCGAUCCAGCAGGAAGUAAUGCAGCACGACGGUGACGAGGCGGUCAAUCCGGGCGCUUUCUGGCUCUCAAAUGUUCACGAGAUGCUGUCGUUUGUCUUCCUUGCCGAAGACUGGUACGAGGCACAAAAGACAGACAAUUUCGAGUACGACCGCUUACUGGAGAUUGUCAAGCAUGACCUCGAGAGCCUGGAGUUCAACAUCUACCAUACCUGGAUGAAGGUGUUGAAGAAGAAGCUUCACAAGAUGAUCGUGCCCGCCAUCAUCGAGUCGCAAUCGCUGCCCGGCUUUGUCACAAACGAGAGCAACCGCUUCCUUGGAAAGCUUCUCAACUCUUCCGCCACGCCCGCCUUCAGCAUGGACAACCUACUUUCGCUCCUCAACAACGUCUUCAAGGCAAUGAAAGCGUACUAUCUCGAAGACAGCAUCAUCACGCAGACUGUCACGGAGCUCCUGAGGUUAGUCGGUGUAACCGCCUUCAAUGACCUGCUGAUGCGGAGAAACUUCCUGAGCUGGAAGCGAGGACUGCAAAUCAACUACAAUAUCACGAGGAUCGAAGAGUGGUGCAAAAGCCAUGAUAUGCCGGAAGGCACCCUUCAGCUCGAACAUCUCAUGCAAGCUACCAAGCUACUGCAGCUGAAGAAGGCAACACUGAAUGACAUCGAGAUCAUUCAGGAUAUCUGCUGGAUGCUGUCACCCAACCAAAUCCAGAAGUUACUCAACCAAUACCUUGUCGCCGACUACGAACAGCCCAUCAAUGGUGAGAUUAUGAAGGCCGUCGCGUCGCGGGUCACCGACCCGAAGUCGGACGUCCUCCUACUGCAGGCCGUAGACAUGGACGACUCAGGUCCGUAUGAGAUCGCCGAGCCACGCGUAAUCACAGCCUUGGAGACCUACACGCCUAGCUGGCUGCAGACGCCGAGGCUGAAGCGCCUGGCCGAGAUCGUAAGCGCGCAGGCCGUGAUGCAGCAACAGCUUGACGCGAGUGGCAUGGGCAAGUUGGCGGAAGAGAACGAAGGCCUAGAGAGCUGGCAACAGGGGGUGGUGCAUGAGGUGAACGGGCUUAAUGGGCAUGCGCACCACCACCUUCCGCCUGUGACGCAUGAGAUCCUGAACGAAGAGGACGAUGGCGACCUUUCGCCACACUCAUAGAAGGGCGACACGGCCGUCUGCGUGAGUUCAGUAUAUGCUUUCAGCAGCGAGUUUGGCGUUCACAAGGCGAAGGCCAGUCGAUGGUCAUUCUGGGUCUUCUUCAUCACAGCACGCGCGUUGCAUCCGGGCGGACAGCGUUGUCGACAGGAUAGGAUCCUUUUCAGCGUAACAAUUAGUGUAUCAUCCAGGGCCACAAGGCUCUGUGUCUCUCUGCGAACGUUGUGCCCACCAGCGUGCAUCUUCCGUCCUCCCGUGAGAUGACUCCGAAGCC